ACCGUACUCCAAACACCAUGAAACUACAACUGUUGGCAUUAUUAUUGUAUUUGAGCCAUAUGUGCGAGGGACAAACAGCAGGAUCCUGUCACUAUUUCAGCGAGACUAAGAUGGAUUGGUUUGAAGCAUUAUUCACAUGCCAGCGAAAGCAAAUGUGUUUGGCCAACAUUAAAACACAGCGUUCGUUUGAGGAAUUUGAAAUAAAACUAAAAGCAAGUUAUCGGGAUGAGUAUUGGUUUGGCCUAAAUGGCUAUGAGAAGUAUGCAUUCAAAUAUGUUUCAGAUGGCGCACCGCUGGGCUAUAUGCCACCGGCAGCGAUGAUACAUUUAGAUAAGCCGUGUGCUUUCGUCAAACCCCUUGAUAAAACACAUUUCACCUUUGAAACGGGCAAUUGUGGACGACCCAGACGAUUCAUAUGCACCGCAGAACCCAGGUGCAACGGCAAGGAUACAAAUAGCACAUUUUUUCCAUCCCUUUCGGCCGCACUGCCAUGUGAAAUCAAAAAAGAAAUCUUAGAAAAGCUUGGUAUAAAGCCCGUUGACAAUGAGGAUUAAAGAAUAGAAAAAGCUCAACAAAAUUCACCUAUUAUUGAGCUAAGCAAAAUGUUUACAAAUUCUAAA